AUAAUUUGUGCAAUUUAAGUUCCAUAAUCCCAAAGAAUUUAAGUGAUGUAAACUUUAGAGGGAUAACUUUUUCUUCACCGUUAAACGCAGUCACAAGCUUCUUGCAACCAUUUUUACGCAUUCUGAAGAAAAAUUAGGAGCAUGUUAGGAAUUCUCUGUAAGCAGGAUUAUAGCCAUCCUUGGUAGGAUCUUGGAAGCUGCCUUGAUUUAAGGCCAGUAAUAAAAAAAAAAAAAAAAAACAGUGUGAAUCAACCUCCAACUAGAUAAAAACACUCAGGUUGGCUUUGUCCGGAAAAGUAAUUUCAACUGCCCGUUCGUUGAGGCAGACUUGUAAUUUAGGGGAGAAUGAGGCGGUUCCGCGCGCAGGGUAAGCCUUGGCCUGCGGCUGGGCCACGCCGGUGGAACGUCGCCUUCCGGUCUUUGUGUCUUCGCGCACGCGCUAUGGCGCCAACUCCGCCUCCUGGAGGCGCCGGGCCCCUUGCAAGGCGGGGCCCGGGGCGGUCUUGUGGGUGUGACGUCACUGCGCUCGAUACUCAGUGUUGCCGGGCGGCGAUGGCGGCUCCCCUGGAGUCCUCCGGGGAGGAGCAACUGCGGAACUUUGUGCGAGUUUUGGAGAAGCGAGAUGGCACGGUGUUACGACUACAGCAGUACGGCUCCGGCGGCGUGGGUUGCGUUGUUUGGGACGCUGCCAUCGUCCUUUCUAAAUACCUGGAAACGCCCGGGUUUUCCGGCGAUGGGGCCCACGCGCUGAGCCGGCGGUCGGUGCUGGAGCUGGGCUCUGGCACCGGGGCCGUGGGGCUCAUGGCUGCUACCCUCGGGGCAGAUGUCAUAGUCACCGACCUAGAGGAAUUGCAAGACUUGCUGAAGAUGAAUAUUAAUAUGAACAAGCAUCUUGUCACUGGUUCUGUUCAAGCCAAGGUACUGAAAUGGGGGGAAGAAAUAGAAGACUUUCCUUCUCCUCCAGACUACAUCCUGAUGGCCGACUGCAUAUACUAUGAAGAGUCUUUGGAGCCACUGUUGAAAACCCUAAAAGAUCUCAGUGGAUCUGAGACUUGUAUUAUAUGUUGUUAUGAACAACGAACAAUGGGAAAAAAUCCAGAAAUCGAGAAAAAAUACUUUGAGCUUCUUCAACUAGACUUUGACUUUGAAAAAAUUCCUUUGGAAAAACAUGAUGAAGAAUAUCGAAGUGAAGAUAUUCACAUUUUAUACAUCAGAAAGAAAAAAUCGAAAUUUCCAUCGUGAAAUCUAGUCAUCUUACCCAGGCCUCUAACAACGUGGGUAAGCUAACAUUGUGAUUGGAGCAUGUGAAUACAGCAUGGGAAGAUUGUGUUCACAGAUUUUUCCAGCAUGUCCUUAGGGAUCCGAUAUAUAGACAACCACCACGGGCUGCCUGCAUUACGAAAAAUGAUUGACUGACUGCCUACCUGCCAAUGGGCCUGAAAUCCAACUUAGUUUACUUUUAGCUCGGCAUCAAGUUCUGCUUAAAAGAAACAUGUUUCAGUCACUCCUCAAAUAAAAAUAGGUACUGAGGUUAGCCUAAAAUCUGCCAAAAAUAGUGAAAGUAGCAUGGCUGACUUGGCGUAUUUUCAGGAAAGUAGAGAUAAGUUGAUCCGGUUUCUAAAGAGAGAUAUCAAUUACUAUUUAAUAAUGUUUAAAUUCAAAUCAAUAAAUUUUAGCUUGUCUUCAAGAUAAAUUUAAAAGGUUUUUAUUUUAACGUAUUUAUGCAGUGGUUUUUAUCGUUAAAUAUCUUCCACUUCAUUGCUUUUAAGAUAACUUUAAUACUUGUGUUCUUUUACUUUAAAAAAAAACAUGAAAAUACUGUUUUGUGGCCAAGUUCUGUGCUUUUCCUUCACCACACUGACUACAGUAUAAUUUACUAUGGGAGUUAGAUAGUAGAUUAUACCAUAGUCAGUUGAUAAAGAUGAAAGUAAGAUAUCAGGAGAUUGGGAGGGAGGAAAAGGUAUCUUUACAAAAUUGUUUAUUUGAGAAUGGAGUGAAAAUAAAAAGUCCGGCUUCAGGCUCUUGCGUUUAUGUGGCUCAUGCACUUUUCCUCACGUAUAGCUUCCAGGAAAAUGCGGCUAAAGUCACUGGUGUUAGCUUGUUUAUAUGAAACAGAGAAAAGUAUUUAAAUGACUACAAAUGUAGUUCUGUAUGCAUUUAUCAAAUGAUUUUGAUUCUGUGUGGUCUCUGUUUUAUGUUCUCAUGAGAAUCAUCUGUUCACAGACUGAUCUAUCAGGACUUCAGUCGCAUGGUUCCAAAGUGUAAUGGUAACCAGAUGGAAUUCUGGUACUUACAGGCAUUGGUGCUAGGUGGCACAAUGUAUAUGUUAAAAUAAACAUUGUUUUUGAGAUCCUGUGACUUUGAGAAUGUUUCAGAAAUAGCUUUUGAGAAAAUGAACAUUUAAAGACGGUGACUGGUUUCCAGAAAGAGCAAAAGCAGCCCUAGAGAAAUUAAAGAUUGACAUCAAGAGAACAGUUCUUUCCUUCAGGCUUGCUUCAAUCUUUAAUGUUUGUUCUGCUGUUUUUUUUUUUUUCCAAACUGCUCUUAGCAUUUCAUUAAGCAGUUUACUAAGCAGUUAGUGUAACCUAAGUAUAUGAUACUUUUUUAGUUACAAAUAAUACCAGGUAUUACUAGUGAAGUCUUAGAACAAACGACCACUUUCUGGCUUGUUUCAUAACAUUAUAGAACUUGGUAGAAAUUAGUUUAACAUUCACCAGCAACAGUAGUCCAUCCAGAUUCCUCAGAUACCUUUCACCCUCCUCCCAUUUUCACUGUACUUCUAAAAAGAGUCGCUGUGGGUCUUGCCUGGAGUGCCCUUGACAGUCCUGUAAUGAAAGCCCAGCUCCUUUACCUCAGACAGGUGACCAUACACCAAAACUUCCUGGAGGGGUUGGGCUGAAGUCAGCCUCUUUGCAACUUAGCCAGAAUCACACCCUCGCUUGUGUGUGCUUCCUCUUCUUUCAUGUCCUAUUCCCACUCCUUUACUUAUCACCUCCUUAAUAAGUCACUUGCAUACAUUCAUUGUCAUCUGUUUCUGGGGAACUGACCUAAUGGUACUGACUACAGAAUUAAGUAAUUUGUAACAGAAAGUCAAGUGAGUUUUAUUAGCUUAUUCUGGAAUAAGGCCAAAGCAGAGGUUAAAAGGUGCCAAUCCCCACGUUCUAGGAUCAGAGAACCACGGUGAUUAGGACCAGUAAGCACUGCAGGGCUUACUGAGGGGUGCCAGAUCAGAUAACACGUGCUAUCACUAACCACCACCCCACAGACACCUGGGGAGGCCUGGGAGAGGUCUUCUUCUGGAGAAGUGCAGUGUUGGGGAAAGGGAUUUAGUCCUUUGCGCUCUCAUGAGGGAGGGAACGGAGUGCAUCUGUACUCAGAAACCACAGGAGGGAGACCUGAGGGAGUAAUUCAAGACCCAGGAUGCCUCCAAGAAGGGGAGACCAGCACCUUCUCCACCUGGUGUGGUUUGUCUUUACUCAGCAGAUGAACACAUCUGUUUAAUCCCAGAGCGUGGGAAUGGAAUUGGAGAAGGCACUGCGGGGACUGUCAGGCAGAGAGGCGUUAGAGAUGGAUCGUGCCGGCCUGAGGACUUGCGCAGCAGCAUGGGGAGGUUAAAAGGCAGGUGAUGCAGCAGAUGAGUGAGGCGUGAUGCCACUGUCUGGGGGUCAGCCAGAAUAUAGGCAACUUUGAAAUCUCAGUGGACUGCCAGGGCCAGGAGGAACUGCUCAGUAGUGGGCCUCUGGUCUUCCAGGCGAGUGGGGGUUGCCGCUGUGCACAAUGAAACACAUAAGCUGCUUACCACAGUGCAGUGAUGGCCAAUUAGAAAGCCACCCCCCAGUAAGGCGGUGCUUCUCAAACUAGCUGUACAUGGAAAACUAAAAGCAAGCAGACCAUGUCCAGGUCCCAUCCCAGUCCAGUUAAACCAGAGGCAUGGUGUUUUUUGGUGAAGGGCUCUGGAUGGUUUUAAUGUUUAGCCUAAAUUGAGAACUACUGCAAUCGAGAAACCUCUUCUAGCAUCUGCCUCCCAAGAAGGGAGCGAAGAAAAGGAAAGAGAAGUAUAAAAACCAUCUGUGAUUAAAGUGGGUCUAUACUUUAAAGGGAGGGAAAGAGCUUUGAAUCCGAUGUGGCAUUUUCUAUGAAAUAGGUUUUAAAAUAAACAGGGCUGAGUUUUAGAAACUAAGUAUCUGAAAAUUUAGAGAAUCUGGCCGAGAGGGUAAAGGUGAUGCUACUCAAGAGUAAGGGGGGAUUCAAGAGCUGGGAAAAGAAAAUUGUUACAGGUGUAGCCUCCAGUGACUAUAUAUCAGUUAUAACUUUGAAGUCUUUUAAGGUUACAUAGCUUUAAAUCUUAACCUUCUACAGUUCAUUACCAAGGGUCCACGGAUCAUAUGUUUGGUGAAUUUGGAAGUGAAGUUAGGUUAUUUAAAAUUAUUUUAAGAAGUGUUAAUAAUCCAGAAUGACUGUUAGUACGGCUUUUUACACAGCACACCUAGUUCCCUUGUUAAAUGAUGCCACAUACAGUAUUAACUCAGACUACAGACAUUGUAUUCAUUUAAAGAAAAGUAUGGGUCAUAGAAAUAUGACUGUUGUUCCUAAGGUUCCCUGUAGAUGGCAUUGCUUGACUUUGUCUUUAAACAGUUUAUAGAUAGGAAGUUGUUAAAAUAGAAUAUUUUGAAAUGGAAUCACACUUGCAUUUUAAAGGUGAAGUAAAUUAGAUUUUAAACAAUAAAUGUACCUAUCAUGAGUUGCUUUCAGAAUAUUAUGUGGUUGUCUUAGUUCGUUUGGGCUGCUAUAACAAAAUACCAUGGACUGGGUGGCUUAUAAACAACAAAUUUAUGUAACAAAUUUAUUUCUCACAGUUCUGGGAGGCUGGGCAGUGCAAGAUCAAGUUGCCAACUUCCUCAUAGGCAGCUGUAUUAUUGUAACCUCACAGGACAGAAAGGAGAAGGAACUCCCUGGGGUCUCUUUUAUAGGGCACAAAUCCCACUUAUGAGAGCUUCACCCUCUUGACCUACUCGCCUCCCAAAUGCCCUACCUCCAAAUAACAUCACACUGAGGGACUAGGUUUCAGUAUAUGAAUGGGAGAGUGGGGGGGGGUACAAACAUUCAGGCCAUAACAAUAGUGUAAGUGAAAAGGGAUUUUUUUCUUAUAAAAUUGUAUUUGAUUUAUGUUUUUAUUGCAUCUUGAUACGCCUUUUGAAGUUUUGACUGUCAUUCAUAUAGCUUGCAUACAUUGCAAUUCAUAAACCAUUUCUCUGCUAUUGGUAUCUUCCAUGAGAGACGACAUUGCAAAGUUCUAAAAAUUAAAUUCACCUUGAAAGUACCUUUUAUAUAAUGCAUGAUCUUACAUCUGAGGUACUUGAAACUUCUAAUUAAUUUCAAUUAGUUUUUCAAACCAGUAUACCUUCUUCAUUAGAGUAGUAAGUAGCUUUUACAUCAAAAGACUGAAGCUCUGUCUUUGGCUAUAUCACAGUUCUAUAACUGAUAUUUGACUUUCAGUUUUAAUUUUUCCUCAAGGAACAUCAGGAUUUGAAAGAGUUUUUGAUUCACUGAUAAUAAACAUUUUAGAAGUGGAAUAUUCAGUUUUCAUACCGUAGAGACCUUCAGGCUAUAUUUGAAUUAGAAAAAGUUGGUGGCAACAGAAUUUUACUGAAAAUUAAUCAGGUAAUCGAAAGACAGAGUUUUCACUUUAAAUGAUUUUGGGUAGGAAAACAAAUUCUGAAAUCAUUUUCACCAGUUUGGUUAAAACUGUUAGGUGUUUGGGGUCAUUUAAGACAUUGUCUUAGGUCCUUUUGUGUUGAAGUUCUGGUAAAGAUCUAGUGAGUCCAUCAACUGUGAGAUACAUUUUAUGUAAUUCAUUAUUAAUAACAUAGUUUUCAAAUAAUAGGUUUUAAAAUAUGUUAGAGCAAAUUAUCUCUAUGAUAAUGUUUUUCUCACAAGCAUUCUGAAAACUAUCAGCACAAGCCUUGAGACCAGAUUAUCUGGAUUUAAAUCCCAAUUCCGCCAUUUACUUAGCUCUGUGACUCUGUGCCUCAGUUUCCUCCUUUGUGAGGUGAGGAUCAUAAUAAAUUGCCUCAUAGUUUGCCAUGGGGAUUAAAUUAGUUUAAUACAUGGAAUAUCUGGCACACAGUAAGCCUUCAAUAAAUGUUGUGAUUAUACUAGAGAUGGAAUUACUUUACAUUAGGGGAUGGGAAAAUGUAAUAAUACAAGUCUGUGUUGCAGUGCGAAAUCUGGGCUUUUUUUUUUUUUUUUUUUUGCGUUACGCUGGCCUCUCACUGUUGUGGCCUCUCCCAUUGUGGAACACAGGCUCCGGACGCGCAAGCUCAGCGGCCAUGACUCACGGGCCCAGCCGCUCUGCGGCAUGUGGGAUCUUCCUGGACCAGGGCACGAACCCGUGUCCCCUGCAUCGGCAGGCGGACUCUCAACCACUGCGCCAGCAGGGAAGCCCUGGGCAUCUUUUUUAGAGUAUAGAGCCCUUAUGAACAUCACUGCCUCAUCAUGGUGGGAAUGGUACCUGGGGUGGGAGGAGCCUGAGAACACUGUUGCACGGUACUGUUAGUUGAACAAGUAAGCAAUUUAGAAAGAAGGAAAAGGUAUAGUGGAAGGAAAACCUUUGUUUGCUGUUCAUUUUUAUGGUUUUAAAGCAAGUGCCAUGAGCAUUCAGAGGCCAACAAAAACAGAGGAAAUCCUCAUUUCCAAAUAACGGAGCCUGGGCUUGCUGGCUGGAGCUCCAAGAUUCCACCAUCCUGGACCCUUAGCGAAUUUUUCCUUCUGUGGUUCUUAUCUGUAUUAAACUGAGACCAGAUAAGUAGUAGAUAAGUGGCACCAGGUCAUUUUUCUGAAGUCUGGGGCUUGAUAUAUCUGCAUAAUUACUUUCGGAGUUUAGAUGUGUUCAUUCUAAAAGAGCAAGGUGACUAUGAAGUACUUGUGUAGCAGUUGCCUCCUGGAUAAACCGUCUUUUACCAUGUAAUCAGUAUAUACGAUGGGUUGCAGGAGCUUAGUUUAACUAAUCCCUCAGGCUGACUAUGUCUGUACCAACAGAUAAGAAUGAGAGUCAGAACCGUGAAUUGCAUCUGCUUCUCCGCCAGCCAGAGUAAAAUAGCACAAGUGCUUAACUGCAUUAUAUUAAACUUUCAAGAUCUUUUUGUUUGCAAUUGAUGGAAAAGAUUGUCAUGAACACUAGAUAGCUGGCCUUAAUUUUUAGAAACAUCUAUUGCUUACCUGUAAUAUACUUACUUUGGUGAAGGAUAAGUUCACACUUUAAUAUUCACAAGGUUAGAAACAAUGAUAUUUCUUCUUUGCAAAACAAAAUGAAGUCUUUUGAAAAAGAGCUGUUCUAGAUGCAGUCCUUACAGGGUUAAAUGUUGAGUACUUAGCAGAUUUCCUUCAUGUCAUUAGCUCUAAUGAAGUACCGCUGGCAGUCUGUUAAACCCUUGACGGGUCAGUGCUUUUAAAAACUCUUGAGUAAUUUUUUAAAAGUUAACUUUUAUUCCAAGUUGUUAAUCUUCUGAAGUCCUGGCAUUUAACAAUCUGAGUUCCAGGUUCCUGUGUUGGCUCAUUGGUGCUUUGGAUAAAUCAUUGCCAGAGUUAUGUGCAUAUAAUACACACAAUCCCAUGUAUCUACAUUCAGUACCUGACUUUGUUCUUUUAGGAACGUGUCCUGAAAACCUGCUUGCACUGCAUGCACAGUACAGUUGCAUAUUGGGGCGCACCAAAAUAAAUAGCACGUUUUAUCCAGAACUUAGAUGGAGAAGCUUGAUAUUUACAUUCCAAGUGAGUGUAAAGAAUAAUCUCAUGGCAUGUAAGGGACAUUGAACACAGGCCCGGUUUCUUGAAACUUAGAAACAGGAAAAACAAGUUUCACACUCCCAUAAAUAAUAAAUGUUUAACCAGAGAAUGCCUUUAGGUUUCAGUGACAUUUAUGAACAUAGGUACGAUGUACUUUUAAAAUAGCUAUCAUCUUUCUAAAUCUUGCCACAAGGAUUUAAAAAAAAAUUUUGUCGUUCAAAACUCCUUUCACUCUCCAGCAUAUCUCUGACACCCACAUUCAGUCUGUUACUCUCUGUCUGAAAUAAGUGUCUGGUUGUUAACCUUAGAUUCCAAGGAAGAGAGAACAGUGGAGGCUUAGUGUGGCUGGUAGGAACAAAAUUCCAAAUUAGCUCUGGAAGACAGCCCCAGAUCUGUUCUAAAUCCACUCACCUUCCCUUUAUGCACCCAAGCUUGAACAUUCUGUUUUUCUCCUAAGGAGAAAAUGGCUCACUUGACUACCACCGAAUCUAGCUCUAUGUCCUUGAGCAAGUUAGUUUCUCUGAAUGUUAGUGUCCCUCUCUGUAAAGUGAGAAUGACAUCUACUGGACAGCACUGUGGUGAUAGUUAAACUAGAUAAUAUAUGUGGACAGGGGUAGGGAAGAAGGCAUCUAUCUCCCCAGCAUAAGCCUCAAUUAUUUGCUCUGAGAGUUCAGACUGAUAAUCUCUUGCAAACUAGAGGUGCGAUAGAAGUCAUCCUAAGUAAACAACGCAUAGCCUGGGCCAGAAAGAACAAAAGCCUCUAUUGUCGGAAAGGCGGGAUUCCCAGUAUAGCAGCAUGCCUGUCAUUUACCUUUACUCCCACCUGACUUCUUCACCUUCUCUUUAGACUCUGCCUUCUUCACAGGAAGGGAGUAAGGAGUCACAGGGGAGAUCUUGCAAUUCUCUUGAUUCUAACUGCAAGCCGAUUGUAGGUUCCCACUCUCUGGCCCUCUAACUCUGACCCCUCUCCUAAGCUCUGGCCUCGCCUCUUCAGCUGCCUGCCUGAUAGCUUCCUCUGCUCACCCAGCCAGCAGUAUUUUUGUCCUGUCUUCCUCCCCUUCCUCUUUUUACUGCUGUCGCCUAAGGCCAGGCCUCAUUACCUCUAAUUUAUGCUCCUGUAAUGUCUCCCACUUGCAAUACCUCCCCACACACCUGUGCAAACAAUGGUGCCCCAGCACUCUCCUGACUUGGAGUUCCAAACGGUUCAACGUCCUGCUCAAAAACCUCCCCAGAGGCUGCCAGGUGAAGUAGAAACUCCCAUGCUGGGUAUUUGAUACCCGCUUCAGUGUAGCUCCUUUUGCUUCCUUCUUGCACUCUCACCAAAAACUGACUUUUCAGGAUGUACACAGUGUGCUUCAUUGCUUCUGUUAAAACAGAAGCAUGAUCUUUUUGUGUAGUGGAUAUUUGUAGCAAUGACUUCUGUCCUCCAUCAGACCUUCUCCCAACUGACUGAUGAAGACUAAAUCUCUGUCUGAGAGCCCACUGCACUGACCCCUCUGCCUGCCCCAUGACCAAGCCCAGCCAAACAGCCUCAUGUCCCCCACCACAGUGUAGGGGUGGGUGUCACGUGACCGACACUAAACCCCCCCCCCCCACGGAGCCCUCCUGGGUAAGAGGCACUUCCUCUUUUCCAGGGUAGCUAAUGCUAAGGAUAAAAGUAAGACUUGAGCUGCCCCAAAAUAAAAAUCAACACAGACGAAAUCAGAACCUAGGUGCAAAGAGAGAAAUCAGAACACUGUCCUGAUGAUUCAGUUUGAGCCUCUGAAACCAACUGUGCCUGAAGCCACCUGCACCCCUGGACUCCCAGUUGUAUAACCUAGUUAACUUUGUUCUGCUGGUUUGAGGUUGGGUUUCUCUUCCCUGCCGUGGAGCAGGUCCUAACUGGUAGGUCCUUCAAACUUUUCUGCCUUUCAAACCCUACCCCUAUCUUAUGAUCCUUCUCAACCACUACUUUUCCCAAGAAGUGAUCUGCUUUUUAAGUCUUCAUUUUGUCCAUAAUCCCAGCUAAAUCAUCCUAGCAAUUGAUUUACAAGCUUCCUAGAAUAGUGUUGGUUGCUGAUCAUACUGUGGAAAUCUUAACCUAUGAAACUACAGAAGUAAACGUCAUAAAACUACUCAGAAAGCAAAAGUGAAGAAAUAACCCAUUGUGAGAGCGGUUUAACUGUGUUACAAAAGAGCAAACCCACUGCCUUUGCACCUGGAAAAUGUUCAGGCCUCCCCCACUCCAUCCCCAUCAUGGGGUUGUUACUUAGCACUGAGAAAAUGAAUUGUUGAGAAAACGAAUUACUUCAGAGAGUGGAUUCUGGGGUAGGAGUAACCACUGUGUUUAGGGGGGCUGCCUGAAAAGUGGAGGGAGAAUUACAGCACGUAUUAAGUGAGGUCUGAGAUCCGGAAAGCAAGAGUAGGAGCAGCAGUGUCAUCUAAGAAAGGUUAAAAAACUUCCUUGCUGCUUCUCAUGGGUUACAGGGAAAGCCUACAUUUAGUGUGAAGUUUUCAUUUCUUACCUCUUUUAAUUCCCUUUAGUUACGCAGCUUUCAGGAGAGUCUCAUACCUGGGUCGAGCCUAUAUGUGGUGGCAGAAAGUGAAGAGGCCAGUGUAAGAAACAUACUUGCCCCACCUUCACCCUGCAGGGCUACCCAUAGGAAGGGAGCGGCAUCCUCUGCAUGGAGAUGGGUCUGGAAGGCCCGGCAGAGCUCACCAGCUGGACAGGGCAGAGCUGGAAGGGCCAGGGAGGGUCCCAGGGCUGCAUGGGCCACAGAGAGUGAUAUAAAAGAAAACCUCCCCUUCCCAGUAUAUGCUAGUGCAGGGCUCUGGAAUGGAGGCAAACCCUUGGGGUGCAGAUGUUACAUGCAAUAAACAUUUUACUGAACUUUAGGUGUAAUCGUCAUGAGCAGUCAAGGUAUUUGGAAAGAUGGAAGUGAACCUAAUUUUUUUUUAAAUAUCACCAGAUUUGAAACUGUCAAUACAGUUUAUACUCACAUCAUGUUAUUCCAAAUAAAUUGGUAGGGUAGUUUUUAGAAUUAACUGUGACUUCUUGUAUGGGAUACCUGAGGUCCUUAUGUUGUGACUAUACAACAUCCUAAAACCAAGUCGAGAAAAAAAAAAACUAAAGACAUGAAUUUAAGUUUCCAGAAUGAUCCCUGACUCUCAUAAGGGCUAAUUUAUGAAAGACAUAAGACAACCAUUCACUUAUUAUUCCCACAAUAGAGACCUGGGUUAAUUUUAAAGGCAGCUUUGAUGAUUGACAGAUGAUUGGCUGCAGUUGUAGCAGAAUUAAAUUACCAACCAGUAGGAAACCAGAUUAAUAUUGGCGUUGCAUAUGGGUGGGCUUGGGACUGUCAAAUUUGAUGUAAGUUCUACCUUGUGUGAUCAUGCUUAAUGUGAUCAGGGCUAACAUAAGACCCAAGCUAAUAGCUAAUAUUGCCACUUAGCAAUUCAGAGCUUUGCUUUAGAAAAAGAUCUCUGCCCAAGCCUGUGAAAUGUGAGCAGAGAGCAUGAUGGUGUGUGUGUGUGUGUGUGUGUGUGUGUGUGUGUGUGUGUGUGUGUGUGUGUCUGUGUGUGUGUGUGUCUGUGUGUG